UUUAUGUUGAACUGGGACGCGAUCUUCCUGGUUGGUUGGUUCCAAACCUACACGCCACAGAUGCAGCAGCAGCUGCUUUGCUUGCUUCCCCUGACGAACAAGCGCGGGAAGCUAAUCUGAAGCCACGAGCAGUAGCAGCAGGCGGCUACCAAGUCUUCGGCCUUCUCUUCGACGAACCCCCGCGGCCGGAAAACCCCUGGCACCCUUCCCAACCUGCUCUGCCUGGGGAGGACGAGGAUCCAAGAGGAGCUCGUCUCGUGGCCGAUGCCCGAGCCCCGAGGCCGUUGACCUCAAGACUCAAGAGCUCAGGACGCAACGCCUCUUCUUCUCUGUCCUGUCCGAUCAGGCGAUCAAGUGGAGAAGGAGAAGGAGAUGCCGCCGCCGCCGCCCAUCCGCCUGGGCCCUCCGCACCCGUACCUGAAGACCCACGGAGGCAAGGUCGCGACGGUGCACCUGUUCGACUGGGUCGUGCUGGCCCUCCUCGUCGCCAUCGACGUCGGGCUCAACCUCAUCGAGCCGUUCCACCGGUUCGUCGGCAAGGACAUGAUGGCCGACCUCCGGUACCCGAUGAAGAGGAACACCGUGCCCGUCUGGGCCGUGCCGAUAUACGCAGUCAUCGGGCCGAUCAUCAUCAUCGUCGGGAUAUACAUGAAGCGGAGGAACGUGUAUGACAUGCACCAUGCCAUUCUAGGCCUCCUGUUCUCGGUGCUCAUCACCGGCGUCCUGACCGACGCGAUCAAGGACGGCGUUGGCCGGCCGCGCCCCAAUUUCUUCUGGCGCUGCUUCCCUGACGGAGUGCCGAAGUACGACAACAUCACUGGAGGAGUCAUAUGCCAUGGAGUCCCGAGCGUGAUCAAAGAAGGGCACAAGAGCUUCCCGAGCGGCCAUUCUUCAUGGUCCUUCGCGGGGCUAGGCUUCCUGUCGUGGUACCUGGCCGGCAAGAUCAAGGCGUUCGACCGGCGCGGCCAUGUGGCCAAGCUCUGCAUCGUCCUGCUGCCGUUGCUGCUCGCGGCCAUGGUCGCGGUCUCGAGGGUGGAUGACUACUGGCACCACUGGCAGGACGUGUUUGCCGGUGGGAUUCUCGGAUUGGUGGUUGCGUCCUUCUGCUACCUGCAGUUUUUUCCACCACCCUCUGGUGAACAAGGAUUUUGGCCUCAUGCGUACUUUGAGCACAUUCUUAACCCCGAGGGCGAGGGACAAGUACAGUCAACAACCAACUCGAAUCACCAUCAAUCACUGUCCGGAGGCCCAGUUGCAAUGGAGAUGAGAAGCACGGGCCAAGAAUCGCUGGAUUCCAUAGAAGAAGGCCGCAGAGCUCGGUGACCGGAUGCUGCCGCUGCCGUUAUGAACAGAAUUCAGUCGUUUUUUCUUGUUUGAUACUAGAUUUUUCCCAUUUGUUAAUUGCGUCUUGUAAAUAAAGGUAGGUGAAAUUCAUCCACAAUGUUCGUAUGUUUGAGGAGAUGAUGGCCACCACACCAACCAACGCGUCCGCAUGAUUAGCACAACGGUAGCACGCGCAAAACUCAGAUUCCUGUUUCCCGGAUGAGUUCA